UUGGUCGAGUCGACUACUCACAAGUCCUGGACAGGAAAAGUCACAACGUAAACAUAUGACCGAAUAAACACUGUCGACUUUGUUCAUUUUCGUCGAUUUCGGUCGAUUUUCCCAAAUUUCCUGUGUAAUGCCAGCUGCCGAUUAGAAAAAAUGGACAUUUCUUGGUUUGGGCAGAGUUUGUCCAACAUUACCGGCCAGAUCAGUUCACUGACACGAGAAGUGGUUGAGGAGGUUGUUGAAGGACACUCGCGGGCCACAAACGAGCCAGCUUUGCCAGCAGAGUUGGAUGAAUCAAUAUUAGAAGAUUUAAAUGCUCAACUUUUGGAGAAGGAAACAAAGAUUCUUGAAUUACAAUCCCGCGUCCAAGAACUCGAGCUCGCUGCUCAGCCGAAGGACAAGGAGAAAACCCACCAGCGAACGCUUUCUGGCAAAUAUGAAAUCCCAAGCGUCGAUUUCAUCAACCCGGUCGUCCAACCGGCCGUCAGCUCCUCGCCCUUCCUUACCGAAGAGGUGACACACAAUCCCUUCGCAGAAGUGUUAAAAAAGGAGGAGGCAGCAGCGGCUGUAGCUGUAGCUGUAGCGACAAAAAUCUUGCACCGAGAUCAGCAAACACAGACCAGGGAUGUUUGCUCAGCAGACGCGAGCGGUCUGAGGAGGAGUACCAGCCUAGGCGGGGACCUGGACACGCCGAGGCAGCGGCCAGAAGCGGCUCCGUGCAACGACGAGAUUCUCCACUUCCUCUCCUACCUCGAGGCCGAAAUCAGCAAGCUCAGGGCGCAGUCGGACUGCAACCUGAGCAGCGAGGAGGUCGACACCAAGUUCCUGAAGACGCUUAAAAAUAAAAUCACGGAAUGGAAGGAAAAAUCGAUGGCCAUCGGGACCUCAGAGUUACAAAAAGCACCGCUAAAAGAGGAAAAGCCCGAGCAGGAGCAGGAGAAAUACGACGCCGAGCGGAGCACGUCUUCCCAAUCGACGCAGUGCGCGUUGCUGCCGGAAAAGAAGCCAGUUUCGAGCCACCAGCUCUCGCAAACGGAGUCAACGGUGACCUUUUCCGAGCAGAGCAGCCAGUGCGAGCCAGCUGUCGAGGAGGAGAAGCAAAAACCAGCCGUGCAGAAUGAGUCAUCGCAGUGUGAGCCGCUGCCCACGGCCUCUGAGGCAACGCAGGUCGAGCAGCCAGCUCUGAACUCGGUCGGCUGCGACAAUUUGGCGCAGGAUGCACACUACCUGAGCUCCAUCGGCCAGCAGGGCAAGAGCCCUGAGGAGGAGGAAGCUGAGAGGAACGCCCAGGCGGAACAAAGAGAAGCGUACGCCGCACAGGUGCUCUCGCUGCAGAGGGAAAAUGCCGGCAUGGCCGAAAAGAUGAAAAGUCAGAGCAUCAAGAACGAGUUGAUGCAGGAGGAGUUGAAAAGACUGAGACAGCACAUGAUUGAGGUGGAAGAGGAGUACACACAGGAAGCGUUGAUAAGGGCCAACGAACUGCAGGAGCUGCAGGCUAGGUAUGCCAGUCUGGAGGACAAGCACUCGGAGGCCGUCACCUCCCUCAACCAAAGAAGGGACGUGUCAGAGAAGCAGCUUGAGCAGUUCAGGCAGACGCACCAUGCGGCGUUGGCGCAGAGGGACGCGGCGCUAUCUAAGCUCAAGGACAUGGAGGUGGAAAUUAAAAAGCAGACGAUGUCCACGCAGAAUUUCCAGGCUGUCAUUGAGCAGUUGCAGCUUGAUCGGGAGAGUGCCCUGGACUGCCGGACACACCAGCUGCAGGAGGAGGUGAAAAAGUGCACAAACACCAUUCAGGUAUUAGAAAAAGAGAGUCAGACGCUGCAAGAGCAGUUGGCAGACGCAAAGUCGAGUCUGAAAGCCGCGGCCAGGCUCACAACGCAGAUCGACGCCAAGCAGAUCCAAGUUGAAAGUCUCCAAAACGAAGUUUCGCAGCUAAACCAGCAACUACAAGACGCCCAAGAGAAAAUUAAGGAGAGCCUAAAGGUCAAUGCUGGUCAGGUCGACAAGAACUUAAUAAAAAACCUGUUAAUCAGCUUCCUAAUGACCCCAGCCAACAUGAAAAUGGAGGCGCUGAAAAUUGUGGCCACAUUCCUCGACUUUUCCGACGAUGACCGUGUCAAGUUGGGCAUGCAGAAAGGCCCAAAAAAAGCAGGACCACAAGAAUCCCUGACAGAGGCCUUCGUAAAAUUCCUCGAGAGCGAGUCGAAGGUCAAGCAAGGCGGUCCCAUUCACCAAGUGCUCAAGGAACAGUUCAAGGACGUGAAAAUGUCUACAGAAAACACCAACCCAACUAUGGCCUCGAGCAGCUCCAGCAGCAUGCUGAAGGACGUGCUCAAGCCUUCAGAUCAUUGAACCCAUUCCACUGUCUUGUCAUUGUUGUUAUAUUUUUACAGUUUUAAUUCUCGUUAAUAAACAACUCGAAUUGCGAUUAACAACACAGUGUAUAUAAAUUUGAA